AUGGCCACCAUCCAAGUCCUCGACAACCCCACAAUCCACAACCUACUAAUCAACCUCUCCAAAGAAGAAACAACCUCUUUCCGAGAUACAAUCGAGCAAACCCUCGAAGCCUUCUCCAUCAACGGCGAGCGCCAAUACCAGCCCCCACCAAGCAUCUUGAACCAGCCCCCUGGACCUGGCCCUGGACCUGACGGCCAGAGUCACGGCAGAAAGGAUCCCCUGCACGACGUCAUAGUCCUGACCGACGGCAAGGGCAAUCCAACUGGACUCCUUAGCUCUGAAGAAGUAACAGGCUAUCGAACCUCAAUGAAUGCCAUGGUUUCGUUUUCCUGGAGGAAACAUGUUGAUCAUAUUGUGAUUUUUGGUGCUGGGAUGCAGGCCCUGUGGCAUACACGGCUUAUUUUGAUGCUUCGCGGUGAGGAGGUUAGGAGUAUUACUUAUAUUAGUCCGUCUAAGGAGCGGGUUGAUGGGCUUGUUGCUAGGGUUUCGGGGGAGAAUCGGGGUCGUUGGAGGUCUGGAUGCUCUUUUCACUAUGUCAACUCUGCUGCUUUGGACGCUCAGCGGGAGAUUGAGAGUUGUUUGAGCAACGCGGACUGUGUCUUCUGCACUACACCGUCUAAGAAACCUCUCUUUGCGGCCAGCUAUCUCACGAAGAUGGAGGAGGGGGAAAGACGACCACUUAUCUCAGCAAUCGGCUCCUGGCAACCUGAUAUGAUCGAACUAGAUCCCUCGCUGUUACAUGAUACCAUCGCAGCCAAUGAUGGAUAUAACCCUGCGACUGGGGAAGAGGGUAGGGGUGUCAUACUCAUCGAUGAUCGCGACUUUGGGCUCGAAAGCUGUGGUGAGUUAGUCCAGAGUGAGAUUGCGGCGGGGGGUGUUGUUGAGAUUGGUGAGAUUAUCGCGUUGAGGAGGGGAGUGGAUCUGACCAAGGUUAAGGAAGGGCAUAUUGAGAAUGUGAACCAGUUUGUUUCAGAGGGAUUUUCACGGUUGGUGAUGCUAUCUUGGGGCUAUACAAGAAGAAGCAGGGAACCCUUUUAG